CACCAUGACGACCUUGGAUGAUAAAUUGCUGGGAGAAAAGCUGCAGUACUACUACAGUAGCAGCGAGGAUGAGGACAGCGACCACGAGGACAAAGACAGAGACAGGGGUGCCCUGGCAGGUAGUUCGAUGCCUGUAGAGUCUGAGCUGAACGGUGAAGGCAUCUCAGUUAAUACAGGUCCAAAAGGUGUGAUCAAUGACUGGCGCCGUUUCAAACAAUUGGAGACAGAGCAGAGGGAAGAGCAGUGCCGGGAGAUGGAAAGACUGAUCAAAAAGCUGUCGAUGACCUGCAGGUCUCAUCUGGAUGAGGAGGAGGAGCAACAGAAACAGAAGGACCUCCAGGAGAAGAUCAGUGGAAAGAUGACUCUUAAGGAGUUUGCCAUGAUGAAUGAGGACCAAGAUGAUGAAGAGUUUCUACAGCAGUACCGGAAACAGAGAAUGGAAGAGAUGCGGCAGCAGCUUCACAGGGGGCCUCAAUUCAAGCAGGUUUUUGAGAUCCCCAGCGGAGAAGGGUUUUUAGACAUGAUUGAUAAAGAACAGAAAAGCACCCUCAUCAUGGUCCAUAUUUAUGAGGAUGGUAUUCUGGGGACCGAAGCCAUGAAUGGGUGCAUGAUCUGCCUCGCAGCGGAGUACCCAGCAGUCAAAUUCUGCCGAGUAAAGAGUUCAGUUAUUGGGGCCAGCAGUCGGUUCACCAGGAAUGCCCUGCCUGCCUUGCUGAUCUACAAGGGGGGUGAAUUGAUUGGCAAUUUUGUUCGUGUCACUGACCAGCUGGGGGAAGAUUUCUUUGCUGUGGACCUUGAAGCUUUUCUACAGGAAUUUGGAUUACUUCCAGAAAAGGAAGUCUUGGUGCUGACAUCUGUGCGUCAUUCUGCUGCCUGUCACAGUGAGGAUAGUGAUCUGGAAAUAGAUUGAGCUGAUAGUCUAGUUGCAUACAUCUCUCUGUAUACAUCUCUGUGUUUAUUUUUGUUCCUUCCUGUGUCUUCUGGCUUUUCAGGUGUUCUUUGUAGUCUCUGUUAUUAUGUAUAAAGUCAGUAAAUUCUUAGAUUAAAUCA